GAGGCACACCUAGCUCCGAUGCCACAGACAGCAUGGCAGCCCAGGCUUUCCUCCGAGGCGCCGCCGACGCGCCUGCGCAGGAAGCCCUCGGGUAGCGCCUGCGUCGCCCCCUCCCCUUCCCCCUCUCCUUCGUCGCCCCUUGACCCGCCGGAGGGCCUGUCAGUCCAACAUGAGGUCGCGUCGAGGCUGGAAGUGCGGCGGCGUGCGGCGUCCCUCCGCGCCCCCACUGGGCCCGCUCCUGCUGGCGGCGGCGGUGGCGGUGGCGGCUGCGUCCGUCGCAGCCUCGGCCGCCGCGGCGCCGCCCACAGCGCCUUCCUCGUCGCCCAUCUACGACCUGGCGCUCGACGCCAACAACAGCCACCACGUCUUCUGGCGCGUGGAUCGCGCGGCGCAGCGGCUGGACUUCGAGGUGCACACGCGCGGGCGCGCACUGCAGCCGUGGCUCGCCCUCGGCUUCUCGGACCGAGGCAGCCUCGAGGGCGCCGACGUGUGCGCCCUCUGGGUCGACUGGCGCGGCCGAGUGCGCCUCCAGAACGCCCUCGUGACAGCUCGGGGCGCUUCGUGUUGUCCGCCCGCCAGGACUGCCUCAACUUCCGCCACAAGCAGCAGGACGGCGUCAUCAAGUUCACUUUCACGCGGAAGUUCGACACGUGUCAUCCCGGCCAUUACGUCAUCACGGGCGGAACCACCCACCUGGUGUGGUCGUGGGGCGCUGGGCCGCUGUACCGGCUCGGGGGCGUGUUGGCGAAGGGGGACGAGGCGGGGCUGCUGAGGGUGCAGCUCCUGAAGCCGGAUCUCCCGCGAAGUGGGGCUCGACGCGCGGAGGAGAGGCUGCUGGAGAUAAGGUCGAAGAAAGUGGAGGUUCCAGCCGAAGAAACGACUUACUGGUGCACCGUGGAGAAGUUGCCGGAUACCUUCUCUACGAAGCAUCACAUUGUGGAGUUCGGUCCCGCCAUCCAACGGGGGAACGAGGACAUUGUUCACCACAUGGAGGUCUUCCACUGCGAACACCCGCCUGACUUCCAGGUUCCGUUGUACCAGGGUCCGUGUCACGCCCCCGACCGCCCGCAUGAGAUCGACUCCUGCAAAAGGGUGCUGGCAGCCUGGGCCAUGGGGGCGUCCGCCUUCGUCUACCCUCAGGAAGCUGGUUUGCCUGUGGGAGGCCCGGACUUCAACCCUUUCCUGAUGCUGGAGGUUCAUUACAACAACCCAGGACUACUUGCAGGCCGCGUGGACAGCUCCGGCAUCCGGCUGCACUACACCCCCCGGCCGCGGCCAUACGACGCAGGCAUCAUGGAACUUGGCCUCGAGUACACGGCCAAGAUGGCCAUCCCCCCCGGCAUGCCCUCUUUCACCCUCGCGGGAUACUGCAUCCCGGAGUGCACGGCGCUGGGCCUGCCACCGGAGGGCAUCCACAUCUUCGGCUCGCAGCUCCACACGCACCUGACCGGCGUGCGUGCGUGGACCAAGCACCUGCGUGGGGGCGAGGAGCUGCCGGAGCUCAACAGAGAUGACCACUACUCCACGCACUUCCAGGAGAUUCGGCGACUGGCCAAGCCCGUGCAUGUGCUGCCCGGCGACGCCCUAGUGAUGGCGUGCGAGUACUCGACGAAGGACCGCGCCAACGUCACCCUCGGGGGCUUCGCUAUCAGUGAUGAGAUGUGCGUCAACUACGUGCACUACUUCCCCAAGGUCGACCUCGAGGUGUGCAAGUCCUCGGUGGAUUCGGCGACGCUCGUUGAUUACUUCGACUUCCUGAGGAGAUGGGAGCUGCAGCCCACCUCCCGCGAGCAAAGUUGGCGGGAGAAUUACGAGGCGAUCGAGUGGACGCCGCUCCGAUCCGGGGUGUUGGCGGACCUCUAUGACCACGCCCCCUUGUCCAUGCAGUGCAACAAGUCGUCUGGAGCGAGAUUUCCGGGAUUUUGGGAAAACAUGUCGAUUCCCAAAGCGCUGCAUCCUCUUCCGGAACCUCAAAGAAAAUGCGACCUUAAGAGCGACGCAAUGGGAGAAAUCGAGAGCCAGGAAACAGGAGAGACUUUGUUAAAUUAAGGGAUUCUUGUCUUGGCUUCCCUCACACGCUGUUACGGUGCUUGGUUUGUUCUGUGUCUGAUGUUAUCCAGGAAUGUUAGCAGCGGCCUGGAUCGACAUUAGAAGUGAAGAUAGAAGGAAAGAAAGAGAGAAAUGGGUAGGAUAAUAAACACACACACACACACACACGCACACACACACACACACAUACAUAUAUAUUUAUAGAGAGAGAUAAAAUAAACUAAUUUGUUAUAUGGACAUUGAUGCACGUAAGAGGCAUAAUACUCUUAAAACUCUUAAAAUAAAACAUAAAACUCAUAAAAUAUGAAAAGCCGAUUUCCUUUUCUCUCUUUUAACGCCAAAAAGGAUAAGACAACCCCACUGGAAUUUGCUUUUUGAACAAGAGGAACAGCGGAACGAAACGCGCCUUUUCUAUCAAAAUGCAGCGAAAAUAUUUUGGGACCAACGCAUUGUAAGAUGCUAGAGAUCUGCAGCUGCUUCCGCCACUGUACUUUAAAAGGAAGAAAUAAAAGGAAAGAAAAGU